AUGACAAAUAAUUUAACAUCCAAUGCAUAUAAAGAUCUUAUCGAUCCAACUUUCGAAUAUGAAAAGUCAUCAAAUACGGUAGAUCUGAAUGCCAACAUUGAACAAUUAGUGGAAAGAUUGACUAUUACUGACAAUAAUGAAAAAAAGGAAUCCUUUAAGUUAACUGAAUUACCUUCUGAAAUCAUAUUGAAUAUAACAAACAAUUUAUCACAAUUUGAUGUAUUAAAUUUAAUAAGAACAUGCUCAAAAUUAUACAAUCAAGUAUUACCGCAAUUAUAUAAACAUAUUAUAAUUGAUGUAAAUUUUGGAAAAUUUGACAAUCAAAAAUAUGAAACUAAUGGAAGAACAUAUAUAAAUAGUUAUUUUAGGUUUAAGAGAUUCAUAGGAACAUAUGUUAAAAAAAUUGAUAAUGAUCUAAGUAAUAUCAAGAUAUAUAAGUUUGAAUGUUUGACACUACUUGAUUCAAGCAUAAAAUUUGAUCUUAAUUUAGAAUUGCAGAGGAUGAUUAAAUAUUUAUUUAAUAAACUACAUAAUUUAACUUCAUUAGUUUGGCUAGACAAAGGUUUUAGAAUAAAAUUCUUAUAUUCUUUAAAAAACAAGGAAUUGAUUAACACAUUGAUUUUAAACAUUACAUCCGAUUCAAUUAAGAGAAAUAACAGUCUUUUGUAUGAUACUAAUGGUAAAGAUCAUAAAAUUCACCAAAUUUCAAAUUUAAAUUUUCCAAAUUUAACAAGUUUUCAAAUUAAACCAUUUCAAAAUUCAAAAAUUCUACUUAAUAUAAUCAAUAAUAUGUUAAUUAAUCAAAAUGAUUCUAACGAUGUUUGCAGUAGAUUAAAAACUUUAAGUUUUUCUGGUGAAGACUUAGGAUCUAAAACAUUUAACAAUAUUUAUAGGGAUAUUGAACAAUCCAUUUUAAAUGAAGAUAUUAUGGAAUGUAUAUUUGAGAAAAGUAAGAUUAAGUAUUUGAACAAUUUAACUUCACUUUCAAUUAGUGAUAUUAGUGUUAAUGAAACUGAUGCAAAUUAUUUAAUAAAUUCUAUAAAUUUGAAAAAUUUAAAAUUUUUACAAUUAAGUAGAAUUAAAGAGUAUACUUCAAAUGUUUAUGGUGAUAUUACUAAUACUAUUGAUACUUUGAAUUCAAAUUUUUUAACAAAAAUAGCUCCAUUCUUAAAUAACUUAACUCAUUUGUCAUUAGGAAUUUGCCAAAUUACCAAUCUUAUACCGCAAUUUUUAAAAAAAUUAGCUCGAAAUAAUAAUACGUUAAAAGUCCUAGAUUUGUCAGUUCAUUUUCAUCCUAAUUUAUCUUUUUUAAUAGUGAAUAAAUUUAGAAAUUUAGAAAAGUUAUCUUUAGAAAUUUAUGAUCCGGAUAGGACUCGUUUGUAUAUGAAUUUAGAUGAGGAAUUUUUUGAAGGAUUUGAAUCAUUAAAUUUAAAAUCUUUGAGAAUUAACAGUGCUUUGCUUUCGUCUCGUUUCAUGGAGUUAACACCCUCUCAAAAAUCAUUAGAAUAUUUGGAAAUUAUUGAUUCAAAUAAUGCUGACUCAUCAUAUUCUAAAGUAGGUUCAAAUCGUCGAUAUAUGUACGAAGAUGUGUCAAAUGUUCAAGCUUUUGGUAGAAGGUAUUUAAACCUAAAUCCGAAUCUAAAAUUUAUAAAUUAUUAUGAUUGCUUGUUUCAAUGCAAUAAUUCAAAUUUAACUGUUGAUCCAAUUGAUGGAUUAUAUAAUUGGUUUGCAUUAGAAGUUAGAUGUUUAAAUUUUUUGGAUGGUUGGGAAAAUGAAGCAAUUUUCGAAAAUUGGAAUAUGAAGGGAUAUCAGUUGUUAUUAUUUUCUUUAUGA